GUCAAGUUUUCUCUCAAAACUGAUGCUGCGUUCAUGGUUCCGCUCUCCAUUAGUUUUGAUCUUGAUUCCAUUCUACAUCCUUUUUUGUCUCUGUCGGCUUCUUUGUCUCAGAAUUUUAUUGAGGAUAUGAUUGAAUCGUGACUCAUUAGAGUGAAGAAAUAUGUUCGCUGCUGACGUCACUUUGGUGUUUUCCUUUAUUUCAGUGGGUCAGCUAUUAGAGUAGGGCAUGAGAACUACACACACAAACAGACAAACAGACAGAGUUAUUGGCUGAUUAGUAACCAUUCAUCGAAUUGUCUCAUUAUGUUAUGUCCUGACGGAACCAGCAUGUGUCGAAGGCUUUUGUCGUUUCGAACUUGGUACCGACGCUCGAGCUCGUAUCGGGGGUCCUGCGCUGGUGUGACCGACCUCGGUGCUUCGUAUUCCGGGCAGAAGGGGCUGAGCACAGCGGUGCUGCUGCUGCUACUGCUAGGUUUAAGUUCGGUUUGUUCCACCGCUGAGGAGCAACACUGCCAUGGAGCGUACGAUUUGUACUUUGUUCUGGACAAGUCUGGAAGUGUCUCAGCCGACUGGAUGGAGAUCUACUCAUUUGUGAGGAACCUUACCGAUAGGUUUGUGAGUCCCCGAAUGAGAGUCUCCUUCAUCGUUUUCUCAGCUCAAGCAGACACACUGUUACCACUGACAGGAGACAGAUAUGAGAUAGAAAGGGGUUUGGAGAAACUGAGGAACGUAAAACCCGCAGGUGAAACUUACAUGCACGAGGGAAUUAAAAUGGCCACAGACCAGAUAAAGCAACAGGCUACAAAGUCUUCCAGCAUCAUUCUGGCUCUGACUGAUGGACAACUCCCGGUUUAUGUGCAUGAACUGACAGUGAAGGAGGCAGACGAGGCCAGGAUGUUUGGAUCUCGAGUUUAUUGUGUGGGAAUCAAAGACUUUGACGAACAACAAUUGGUGGACAUCGCUGACACCAAAGACCAGGUGUUUCCUGUCAAAGACGGUUUUCACGCUUUAAAAGGGAUCAUCAACUCUAUAUUAAAACGCUCGUGCACAGAGAUCCUGAGUGUGGAGCCAUCCAGUGUCUGCGUCAACCAAUCCUUCGACAUUGUCCUCAGAGGAAACGGCUUUGCUUUGGGACGCAGCAGUGAAAAUGUCAUCUGCAGCUUUAUUAUUGACGAACAAACUAUCAAUAAUAAACCAAGUGUUGUGCGUAAUGACUAUCUUCUGUGCCCUGCACCAAAGCUAUAUGGAGUUGGACAGACUAUGGACGUUCUCAUCAGCCUGAACAACGGAAAGUCCUUUGUCUCCAAUGCCUUCACCAUCAGUGCCUCCACAUGUUCUGAUGGUCUGGUUGUGGCCAUUAUCUUCCUGGUUAUACUGGCUCUAGUGGCGCUGGCCAUGAUGUGGUGGUUCUGGCCUCUGUGCUGCAAAGUGGUAAUCAAAGAUCCACCUCCACCCCCACCACCGUCUCGCCCUCCACCACCUGAACCUGAGCCUCUGUCUAAGAAAAAAUGGCCGACAGUUGAUGCCUCGUACUAUGGAGGAAGAGGAGUUGGAGGAAUCAGUCGCAUGGAGGUACGUUGGGGUGAGAAAGGUUCCACAGAAGAGGGAGCAAGACUGGAAAAAGCCAAAAACGCCACAGUGACAAUUCCUGAAGACUCAGAGGAGCCUAUAAUCCAGCGUCCUCCCAGAAGUCCUCCACCCGUUGUCCAACAGAAUGAAAACAAGUGGUACACACCGAUCAAGGGUCGUAUGGACGCCAUCUGGGCUCUGUUCCGGCGACAGUACGAUAGAGUGUCACUCAUGCGUCCCACGUCUGCAGAUGAGGGUCGUUGCAUUAACUUCAGUCGAGUUCAGCAGCAGUAGACAAAGAGAAUCCACAGCAGGAUGAGAGGAAUGUGGAAGAAUAACAGGUUUUUCUUUUUCUUUUUUCAUCACCUUGCGUCCUUUUUUGUUUGUUUGUUAGAAUUCCUGCACUAAAUCACUAAACACUGCUUUGUUUUGUGCCACAAAUAUUGUUGUGUCUUUUCAGAGUCACAGAGUGAAUGUUAAUAUAAGUUAUUGUUUACCACCUUUGUUUUAACUCUUUAUAAGUUGUAUUUUUAUAUUGUUGGAUUUCUAAUUUGCAAAAUGUCCAAAUCCUUUCUAAGAUAUUUUUCCAUUUUGUGUCUUGAGUAAGAAAAAUGCACAGAUGCUUCCAAAGAGAAAUAAGAAGAAAAAGUCAAAGAGAUGAUGUGGCUUAAAGUGUAUAAACACUACGCCGAUUUAUUUCAUUUUUACAGUGUUGUGUUAUUUGAAUUGGUAAAAUCUUUGACUUGUUCUCGCCGACAACAAUGUUGACCAACAUUGGCUUCCUUAAAACAAAAUGAAAUCACAACCAAACAGACUGUUUACACGUUCCUAAUUUUAGGUACAUCCUGUAAAGCAUUCUCACAUUUAAAAAUAAAUCCACCUCCAAAUAUAAAAACAAUCUACUUCUAGUUUUAAAACUAAAAAUGUAAGUAUUUCAGAUAAUAAAAAAAAUCUACUUAAAUUUUUAAAACAAACUAUUUCCUGAUUUUAUAUAAAUCCACCUUUAGAUAAAAACCCACCUCCACAUCUUAAAGAAAUUCCACCUUCCAACAACAUAAAAAUCCACCUCCUAAUUUAAAAAAAUCCACUUCCAGAUACACUUCCCUCCUGUUGCCCUCACACACUAGAUUAAAAGUUAAAAUUAGUGUCCAUAGUUUGUUAAUUUAUUUAAAAUGUAAUUUAUCAGGACAGAUGAUGAUUGACAUUUUAUUGAUUUUUUUUACCCAUCAACCUGAGUCUAGUUUUCAAACAUAAACUAAUAUUUUGUUGUGAACAUAUACGAUGUCACAGAUGUGGGU